AUGCAAUCAGUGUGUACAUUUUUCGGAUAUCCUAAAAGACAAAAUAUUUUACAAGAGUCUAUUAAAAACAUAGUACCAGAAUCUAAAUCAUCAAAACUAAAGCAAUUUUGUGCCACAAGAUUGGUAGAACGUCACGAUGCAGUAUUGAUAUUUCAUAAACUUCAGCCUGCCAUUAUUAAUGCUCUAUAUGAGAUAUAUAAAUUGAGAGAUAUAGAUUCAUCUACAACAGCGAACCAGUUAAAUACCUCAAUACAUCAGCUAAAAUUUCAAAUUUCUCUGAGUAUUUUAGUGAAAAUAUUUUCAUUGAGCGCACCAUUGAGCAAAUUCCUCCAGUCUGAAAAUUUGGACCUAGAAACAGUUUUGAAUUUUGCUUGUCAAACACAGUAUGCAGUUCAAAAUAUCAGAGAUAAUGUUGACAACGAAUUUCAUUCCAUAUUUCAAGAAACUAAAGAUACUUGUAAUGAAUUAAAUAUUAAUAUAUGUGUUCCAAGAAUCACAGGCAAGCAGUCAAUGAGAUGCAAUGUAGCCACUGACUGUCCAGAAAAUUAUUAUCGUGUUUCCUUAUUUAUUCCAUUCAUUGACAAUUUCUUGGACCAAAUGAAAAAUCAAUUUAUGGAACACCAAACCAUAUUAAAAAGUUUCAUUUGUCUAUAA